UUAAUAACGGAAAAUCUCAAGUAUAGAGGUAGAGGUUGAUCAUUUAUGAAUCUAUAGGGAUGAAAAUGUAGUUUACCAAACAAAUCCGAAAUCAAUAAGGAACGCGCUAAAAUAAAAUGACCGUUAUAAGUCGGUCAAAAGAAACAAUCCUCUAUGCAUUCGGACUCCUUCAAGAUAAAUGUAAGACAACAAGCCUUAAUUUUUCACUCUUCACUUCCUUGACAAAAACAUCAAUUCUCAGAUCUUGAAACGUGAGUGAAUAAAGAAGAAUGGCUGCUUCUGGUGCUGCCGCCCAGAUCACUGCGGUGUGGAGACAGAAUUUUCAGCGAGAGAUUUUCAGACUGGACGCUGCCCUGUUCAGAUUUCCAGUUGUCUCUUUUGAUACAGAGUUUCCUGGUUUCUUUCGAAACACUCCGAUAGACGCCACUGACUUGACUCGUUACGAGGAUUUGAGGCAUAAUGUUGAUCCAUUAAGGUUAAUCCAAUUUGGUAUCACCGUUGCAGAUGCAAGUGGCAAAAUCGGGGGCACUUGGGAGUUCAAUUUGCGGUUUGAUCUGUCGAAGGAUUUGUUUGUCUCUCAGUCUAUACAAUUCUUGCAAGACAAUGGCAUCGAUUUUGACAAGCUAAGAAGAGCUGGGAUUGAUUUCGACAUGUUCUCACAGUUGUUGUCACGUGUAGUUGCUAAGCAUCGAAACCUUUGUUGGGUUACCUUCCAUGGCUUGUAUGAUCUGUCGCACACAUUGAGGACAGUGACAAACAGGCCAUUGCCCCAUUCUGUGCCUGGUUUUACGUCCCUACUUGGUAUUGUGUUCGGUCAUGUGGUGGAUAUCAAAUACAUGGCUCGCUUUUGCCAGGGAUUACGUGGUGGUGAGUUAGGCUUGACAGCCAUUGCUAAAAUCUUGAACGUGGAAAGAGUUGGUGGGGCACAUCAAGCAGGGUCUGAUUCUUUGUUGACGGCUCGUGUGUACACAAAGAUGAAGAUGGUAUAUAAAAUUGAUGAGACUCUUUGCAUGGGGUGUUUGUAUGGCAUCUCAUCUAGAAUUUGCAAGCCGAUUGUUGUGCCUAAUACCAAUGGGCGCUGCUUUAUUCCGUACUUCAGCCCUCCAGCACCGUUCCAGCGUUGCAUUCCUCCCCAUUGCUGUGGUUUCAUGCAAGCUGCUCCAACUUUUAGUCAUGUCUUGUAG